CAGUCAUUUAUAUAUUAUUUAUUACUCAAUAAUCGCAAAAUUUGUCGAAAUGAUGAAACAUCAUUAUAAUUUGAACUUUUCACGAAGAAGAAAUUAUUGCUAAGGAGAUAAUAUUAAAGUGAACUAAACAUACCUGUGAAGACAUAAAACGCGGAAGUCAAUGUGGAGCCUUUUAUUACCAUGGCUACAUACCAAACAAUUAUGAAAACAAAAAUGUAUAUUCCCUGACUAAAGUUGUGUUGUUUUUUUCGUUUGAUUUAGAUUGAAUAUUUUUAGCAGUAAUGUUUUAAUAGAAGCUUAUGCGCUUAUUAAGAAGUAUUAUUAGUUUUAGUUUAAUACGCGACGCUUAUAUCGAAUCUAUGAGAUUCAGCAGAUUAAUUAAUAUUGUAAUUUAUUAAAAUAAAAUUGAAUUUUAAUUAUUAACAUUGUAUGUAAAUGUUCGUAAUUGUUUACAUUUUAUUAAAUGGAGAAAACACAUCAAGAUUUACCUUUUUGGUUUGAGGAAUGGACAAGGACUCCUGUAAAUACCAGACAAAGACCACAGUCUUGGAAGCCUGUUUCAAAACAUCAACGAGUUUUAAAUGAGCCUAAACGUGCUAUUACGACUCCUGCAAGAUAUGAUAACUCCUCUAUUAAUGAUAACAUAGAUUUGAAUUUUGGUUAUGAUUCAUCAAUCUAUGAAGACAAAGAUCAAUUUUCUCUUCAUAGACAAGACAGCAAUGCCAGUUUACCAUUACCAGAUAUGGAUUCGUCAUCAGAAAGUGUCCUUUCUUUGCUAGAAGAAGGUUUUCAGUCGAAGGAUUUUUUUAGGGAACAAGAAAGCAGAGCAAAUACUUUAUCUGAUUAUGAAGAGAAUUAUAUUCCCACAAUUUUUUCACUGGGUGAUGAAUAUGAAACUAAUUCAAGAAGAGCUAGCGGACAUACUGUUAGACCUUUAAUGAACAACUUUUACACCAGCCCAAGCCCGAAAUUUAUUGAUGACUUACCUCCAACAGAAAAUAAAUUAGAAGAAAGUUGGUCCUCGCUUAACAUAUUCAAUCAAAAUCAUAAAGGAAGAAUAUCCUUUCAGUUUGAUGGAAAUAAAGAGAAGGAACUUGAGUUAGAUUUGAUUGCAGAACCUACCAUAGAUUUAUCAGCACUUGAUAUAAACUCAGAUUUUAUAAUACCCGAACUACCUGUUGGUAAGGAGCUAAUAUUAGAUAUAACAUCUACUUGGGGAGAUAGACAUUAUGUUGGUCUUAAUGGUAUUGAAAUUUAUUCCAUCACUGGUGAAUUGGUCAGCGUAUCAGAGAUAUCUGCAGAACCGGCAGAUAUUAAUAUUCUUCCAGAGUACAAUAAAGAUCCUAGAGUUGUGAGAAAUCUUAUUGAUUGUGUUAAUCGUACGAGAGAUGAUAUGCAUCUUUGGCUUACUCCAUUUACUGAAGGAAAGCACCAUUAUGUAACUAUUAAUUUUCAACAAGUCCAAACUAUUGCAAUGAUACGAAUAUGGAAUUAUAAUAAAUCUAGAAUACAUUCCUAUCGUGGAGUUAGAAAUAUGGUAAUUACACUAGAUGGAAAAAAAAUAUUUCAAGGCGAAAUAGCUAGAGCCAGUGGUGGAAUAUUAGGUGCAACAGACGCCUUUGGAGAUACUAUACUAUUCACUUUAGAUGACGAAAUUCUGGAAAGGGUAUCACAGCAUGAUGAUUCAUUUGAUAGUGUCAUGAAUGAAGUUUUGGAUUCUACAGCUUCGGUACAACCUGAAAGGCCUUUGACAGCUGAUACAGGGGAUGUGAGACCAUUGACUUGUGCUGGACCAAAAAAACUGCAAAAUAUUCAUGAAACAGGAGGAGCCGUACUGUGCCUUAACUCCAUGAGCAUCAGGCUCCGCAGCAGUUGGGGUAUUAAUAAAAUAGGUCUCACUGGUCUGGAAGUCCUCGGCGAGACUGGCGAACCUCUUUCAAUAACAGACCUGGGUGUUGAGCCUGAACAGUUCGGUAAGAACAUUAAGAGGCUCUUAAAUGGCAUUAAUGAAACUACCGAUAACAGAAACAUGUGGUUAAUUAAUUUCAACAAAAGGGCUAUUAAUUUGAAACUUAAAUUUUCAACACCAUUUCAUAUAUCAGGUAUCGCAAUUUGGAAUUACAACGAAAGUGCAGAACUUAGUUAUGCUGGGGUGAAGAAUCUUGACAUUUUCCUGGAUGACAAACUUAUAAACGAAGACGUCUUAAUAAGGAAGGCUCCAGGGCAUUGCCACUUCAUGAUAAAGCAGACGAUUUCACUUUUAAAUCAAAAACAAAAAAAACGGGAAUCUGUAGACAAUCUUUUGAAAUCAUUAUUAAAUUCAAAAGUACCUCUAAGCUUUGAAGAGUAUGAACCACCAGAAAUGCCUUCAGGGUUUGUCUUUCAAUUCCAACUUAUGUCAUCAUGGGCUGAUAAUUAUUACAUUGGCUUGAAUGGAAUUGAACUCUAUGAUGUUUCGGGGAAAGUAAUCAAUAUAUCAGAAGAUCAAAUUUCUGCAUUUCCUUCUAGUGUAAAUACUCUGGGAGGAAUUUGUGAUGAUGUUAGAACACCUGAUAAAUUAGUAAAUGGAAUAAACAAUACUUGCGAUGGGCAGAAUAUGUGGCUAGCUCCUAUACUACCUAACAUUGUCAACAACGUUUAUAUUACAUUUGAUUGCCUUACCACUGUUUCGAUGAUAAAGAUAUGGAACUAUGGAAAAACUCCAUCAAGAGGGGUGAAAGAGUUUGGGAUAUUGGUGGAUGAUUUAUUGGUUUACAAUGGAAUCCUAGAUCCUUCUAAGCCAGGUGAAACAACAAACAUACCAUACAGAACCAUAAUAUUUUCAAGGGACAACAAUCACACUCUUCAUCAAUCCGUCACUCGAAAUAGGUACAAUGGUCGCUCGUCAGAAAUUCAGCCUCCUGACAUAUCUGCAGAUCAAUCCAAGAGGCCAUUCACAUCUUUACAAAUACCUAUGGACAUGUCCUCUAGGAGCAAAAGCGUUAUGGACUUCUAAAUCUCUUCUGAAAUUGAAUUGAUAAAAAUAUCCUUUAUGACCAUGACCAUACGUAAUGUUGUACAUAUAUUUAAUACUUCCUCUGAAAUGUAUAUUCUGAUGAAGAGGCACUGUUUACUCACUCACCUAUUUCAUUUAAUAAAUAUAUUGCUGAUACAAUUUUUUUUUUAGCCUGAUUAU